GGAGAGGAUGUGGCAUCUAUGGAGCAACUGAACUCAGAGGAGUUCCAUUCACUCCUAGAUGCGACAAUGACCAAAUCGGUCACCCAGGCCAUCUACACGGCGAUGGGGGCAAUGUCAGAUUACCUGACCCAAUCCAUCAGCAAUGACAUCUUGGCAUCUAGCCACAACCUUAGCGGUCUCCGCCCCAAGGCCCAAGAUAACAAGCCUGCAUCCCACAGUGGCCGCAAGGCUACUGAAAAGCAAGCAAACCUCCAAAACGAUUAUGAUGGACAGGUUGCGCCCUGUCACUAG